UUCGAUCGCAUUGUAUUCAAAUGAUUUGAUUUGAGCAACUCAAUUCAGUCUAGUGAAACACUUCUGAGGCUUCCCUGGUUUUACCUUAACCAUUGUUUCUUUUCCACUCUUGCCACCAGACGACAGAUCCGUGGCGACGUCGAACGACGAAAGACAGAGUGCAAAAAUUAUGAUCUUAUCUGGGUAGGAAAACACCCUCGCAACCGGAAUAAUCUGAGGAUUGCAUGGAGACAUUCAGACUGUGAUACAUUGUGUCGUUUUUAAUCACAACGAUUAGCCAUUCAUCUCAUAAGACUGGACAAUGGUGCGACUCAACAGGCGCCUGCUGCCUAUCAAGGCGCACUUCUUCUUUUUUAUGGCGGCCAUGGGUCCCAUUCUUCCCCAACUGCCCGUAAUUGGCAAACAAAUCGGAGUUCCACCGGACGUAAUGGGCUACAUAAUGGCCGUCUUACCCAUUCUUUAUGUGCUGGCCAAGCCCAUGGUGGGUUUUCUAGCGGAUUACUUUACGAGUCUGCGCAAGUUCAUCUUUAUAUCUCUUAUCGUGAUCAUGACUCUGGCAUUUGCUGGAUUUUACUUCCUGCCCGACAACUCUCAUUUUAUUCCCUUGGAGGAGGGCAGCGCCCAAUGGAAUGUGACGGUGCUAGGGAAUCCAAACGAUUGCAGUUCCGCAAUCCGGUCUUCCGCCUCACUCUGCCAAACGACCCACCAGGCGAAGUGCAUUCAGGGGGAGGAGGCACUCACCGUGCUCAUUGUUUCCCCGGAGGCAGGCCUCAAUCUCAGCCAGAAUCUGUUGCACGGCAACGAGACACACCACAUCUGCCUCACGCAACCUGCUACCAGCGAGUGGUACAGUGAAUCCUGUGAGCUGCGACACGUGGACAGCUGCAUCUAUGGAGCCGGCAAGUUCUGGCUCUUCGUGUGCCUGCUCUGCAUCGGAAUCGUGGGCUUCAACGUGACCAAUUCCAUUUCGGAUGCCUGCUGCUUUGACCUUCUCGGCGACGAGGAGCAGGAGAAGUACGGAGCCCAGCGUGUCUGGGGCACCAUUGGAUUUGGAGCCACCGCCCUUCUGGCUGGCAUCGUGGUCAACUGGUGGACCUCGGAUGCGGUGAAGAGCAUGACACCCGCCUUGAUCAUCAUGUGCGUUUUCAGUCUGCUGGAUCUGUUCAGUGUGUCCAAGCUGAAGCUGCCGAAACUGGGCGGAUCGGAGUCCAUUUGGAGCGACGUCUGGCAACUGGUUCGCCAGCCGCCCAUUGUGGUCUUCUUGUUCUUCGCCACCAUGGCUGGCAUCAUUGACUCCUUCAUCAUUUACUUCAUGUUCUGGCACCUGGAGCAGGUGGCCGAAGCUACGGGCUACAUGCACCAAAUCAAGCUGAUCGAGGGUUUGGUGGUGGCAGCUGAGUGUUUGGCCGGCGAGGUGCCCUUCUUCUUCUACAGCGGAAAGAUCAUCAAGAAGCUCGGCUACGUCCACUGCAUGAGCAUGUGCUUCUUCUUCUACGCUGUUCGGCUCUCGCUGAUCGCCUGGAUACCGAAUCCCUGGUACCUCGUCGGAGUGGAGCUCUUCUUCCAGGGCAUCACCUAUGCCCUGUGCUACACCUGCAUUGUGGCCUAUGCCUCGGCGGUGGCUCCUCCAGGAACCUCAGCUACUGUCCAGGGACUUAUGGCCGGAAUGGACGAUGGUCUCGGCUUCUCCAUUGGUUCUCUGAUCGGCGGAGUGAUGUUCCAGCGGCUUGGAGGACGGGAGAGCUUCAAGUACUUUGCCAUCGCUGCUAUUUGCACCUGCGUGGCGCACAUCGUGGUGCGACCCACCUCCAGGAAGCGACAGUUCCUGCCAAAGCAGGGAUACCAGCAGCCCACGGAACAGAGUGUUAAGCAGCCGCCAGCUCAGGAACUGCAGGAGAUUAGUUAGGGAUUAGCAUCGUAGUUUUAUACCGACUUUGUUGCAUAUUUUUGUACGCAUUUUUUCGACAAUAAAACGAGUUGUCCAAAA